ACCGGCAGAACUAGAGCAAGCGCCUUUUCCAGAGCUGGAGGGCACCGGAUAUGGAUCUAAACGAUUCCUAAUGAUACUCAUGUCUUUCAGCUUAGUGGGAUCUGGAGAAAGACAGACCUACCUACCAGUUCUAAGUGGAUUACUUUACGACGACGGACAACUGUUGGAGGGGAUUUGCUGCACAAGGCAUGAAAAAGAUUAA